AUGGAACCAGGGAAUUACAAAGCCAGCGAUUACAGACCAGCAUUUAUGGAACUAGAAUUACAAAGCCGCGAUUACAGGGCAGUCAUUUAUGGAACCAGGAAUACAAAAGCCGCGAUUAACAGGGCAAGCUUUAUGGAACCAGGAAUUACAAAGCCAGCGAUUAUAGGACCAGCAUUUAUGGAACCAGGAAUUACAAAGCCAGCGAUUACAGGACCAAGCAUUUAUAGAACCAGGAAUUACAAAGCCAGCGAUUAUAUAGGACCAGCAUCUAUAGAACCAGGAUUACAAAGCAGGAUUAUAGGACCAGCAUUUAUGGAACCAGGAAUUACAAAGCCAGCGAUUACAGGACCAGCAUUUAUGGAACCAGGGAUUACAAAGCCACGGGACUCGGUGGCCCUUUCAGUCGGUGCAGACUUGAGGAGCAAAUAA